GAUCGUCGUUGCAUUCUCCUAUCACACAUGCUCGCGCAUGCAUUCCGAGACUAUCUGCCAAUAUAUCACAUUUCUGACUGCAUUCUCUGUCACACGCACACACUCUCUCCAUAUACAUCUAUGGCCCGGUAUUAGACAGAUUCUCCCUAUUAAAGUGCAGUAUUAAGAUUUUUUCCUGGAAUAGUUCGCUUCUCUCAUUCGACUUGGACUCUUGUUUAAUUGCCAGUGCGAGUACUGACUGAGGUAUGGGAGGCAGCAGAAGCAGCUAUUCAUCUACACUCUUCACAUCACUGCUGCUGCUGCUGCUGCUGCCGCCGGCGGCGGCGGCCAGUGUCCUAAGUUUGUCCAAUAACAGCCUGCCGACAUUACUUCACAGCAACAGCCGGGAAGCCAUCGAAAUCGGCAUCGGCAUCGGCAUCGGCGGCGGCGGCAGUCCCCCUCCAGAAUCCGAGCCCAUCUGUCCACCACCUCCUCCUCCUCCUCCUUGCCCACCUCCCCCACUUCCUCCGCCUCCGCCGCCGCCGCCGAAGCCAGUGGGGCCGGGGCCAUCGGACUUCGAAAACAUCCUGCUGUACAGAGCCUACUUUGUCAUCCAACGCUUCAGGAAAACGAUCACAGACGACCCCAAAGGAAUCAGCAAGAGCUGGAGAGGGUACGAUAUCUGUCAUAAGCACACUCAGGAUACUUACAAAGGCUUCUUCUGCGGCAUCCCUCCAACUCGGAAGACGAUGCGCAACGUCGCCUCCAUCGAUUUCAACGGCUACAAUCUCGGCGCCGAGACCCUCCAGGGCUUCAUCGACCGGAUGCCGGAUCUUGCCAUCUUCCACGCCAAUUCCAACAACUUCUCCGGCACCGUCCCGGACCUCUCCAAGCUCCGCUUCCUCUACGAGCUCGACUUCAGCAACAACAAGUUGACGGGCUCCUUCCCCAUCAACGUCCUCCCCCUGCUCGCCAACAUCUCCUUCCUCGACCUCCGCUUCAACCAGUUCUUCGGCACCGUCCCGCCCUCUGUCUUCGGCAUCAAACUCGACGUCCUCUUCAUCAACAACAACAACUUCACCCAGGCCCUCCCGGACGACCUCGGCAGCACCAACGCCUCUUACCUCACCCUCGCCAACAACGGCUUCACCGGCCCGAUUCCGGCCUCCAUCGGCAAAGCCUGCAAUACGCUCAUGGAAGUGCUCUUGCUCAACAACAGCCUCUCCGGCUGCCUCCCCUACCAAGUUGGGCUGCUGAAGAAGGCCACGGUGUUCGACGCCGGCACCAACCAGAUCACCGGCCCGAUACCGCUCUCCUUCGGCUGCUUGCUGAAGGUGGAGCAGCUGAACUUGGCCCGGAAUCUGCUCUACGGGAAGGUGCCGGACGUCGUGUGCCGCCUGGCCGAUUACGGUCACCUCGCCAACCUGUCUCUCUCCAGCAACUACUUCACCCGGCUGGGGUUCAGCUGCUGGGAGCUGAUAGACAGGGGAAUUCUCGACGUCCGGCACAACUGCAUCCCGGGCUUGCCGGACCAGAGGUCGCCGGAGGAAUGCGCCUGGUUUUUAAAGCAACCAAAAUACUGUCCCGUCUUGCCUUACAUUCCUUGCUACAUCCCGUGGAUGCACGGCGGCGGCGUCCCUUCCGCCACGGCGAUGCUGCCGGCGGUGAACGGAGGCUGGGAUACGUCUCCGGCGUCCCGCUACCCGAGCUACUCCGCUCUGCUUAACGUUCAUGGGCCCUGAAAAUUCUCACUUGCUAGUAGAUUAAUUAUCUCUUAUUCUGUCUGCCUUCUGGAAUUCACUCACAUCUCUCUCUCUCUCUCUCUCUCUCUCUCUCUCUCUCUCUAAUAUGUAUUAUAUCUUAAUCUGUAAGCUCCAAUAAUAUUCUGAAUGUAUGCAGUGGGAUGCAGCUACUCCGUCAAUAAAAUAAGCUUCGAUAGAUAUAAAUGAGCUCGAUCCAA